GUAGAAGGAGGCUCCAGUCGAAAAAAUUACGUUGCUACUACACAGUAUUUCAGUAUUUCGUAACCAAUCUUAAAAAAAAAUAGCAUACAUACCAGGUACUAAAGAAACGUCAUUAUUAUAUUGAAAAUAUUAAACUAUCGUUUAAAUGGAAACUUCAUCUAGUACCUAAUAUUUGCGAGACUUAAGACUUGGCUUGGACUACUGCACUCGUCUACUAUGCUAUCUGCUUCGCGCACUCCUGUGAUAACAUCUUCUCGCAGCUGCUUCCUCCAUGUUCGAUCUUCUCACCAGAGGCACGUUAAAGGGUCUACCUUGCCCCUGGUACAAUUACAGAAGGCCGGAAUCUUGCCCUCGGAGACCGCUCUAAUUCGCAGUUUUCAGCAAUGCCGACACCAAUCCUCUUUGCAUGAACCGGGCCGCCAGAUUCCGCCCCUACCGCCAUCGAAGCUUCUCCUUCGCGCUCUGAGACAGAGCCUAAGUUUCCGUCCCUUAUUCAGCGCAUUUAGGGGCCAGAACCUUCGUUCCUUAUUUCGUCAAAGCCCAGAAGAGCUUGUUAUCGCCAUUCUUUUGUUAUGUGGUGUAGCCGGCAUAUCAGUCUACGUGGUUUACGCCUAUUUCAAUUACUUCCAGUCCAAGCAGUUCACUCGAUUCCCACCGCAGAUCGCAAAGUCUCUUCGCCGCGCAUUAUAUUAUAGCAACUAUGCGCCGGACCCGCAACUGGCCCUCAAGUACUAUAAACUCGCCUUGGAACAAUGUUCACAAGCUGGCCUCGAUCCGUUCUCCGACGAAGUCAUGGGAGUUAAAAUACAACUUGCUGCCUGGUUUGAAAAGAUUGGUAGUUAUAAGAAUUCUAUCGACGUGUUGGAGUCCCUCAUUAGAGACUGUAAAAAAUGGAUUGAAGUAAUGGAGAAAAGCAUCCGAGAUGGAUCGGUUGAUAAAUCAGGGAAGCUGGCCGGUUCUCCGAGUCCGCAACCCCCUAUAGCACAAGAGGACACCGAGACCGAAACAGAUACGAAGCCGGAGAAUCUAUGGGGCAAGCGGACAAGGAUCCUGGGGAAAUUAGUUGGAAUCAGCGUUAAGCUUGGAGAACUUUAUUCCGACGAACAUGUCCUCCAAGGUGACUCCGCAGGCCAACACUUAGUCUGGGCUGUUGAGACCGUCUUAAAGGAAUUGCAGCGUCGUCAGGUUGAAGGUGUGAAGGAGGGCGAAGGUGAUUGGAUGACCCCGGAGCAAAUCGGCGGUGCGCUCGAAGGUACGGAUAGUCUUCAUCGCGUUUUCGAUCCAUCUCUGUACGAUGUGUAAGGCACCACUGACCAAAAUUAGCGUUAGGAAAUCAUUACGAGUCCAAGUCCCAACACUACCUCUCAGCACCGCUCUUCCUGCAGGCAGUGUCACUCUCGCCCCGAAAUAGCUGCCACACUGCCGUUCUAA